GGAACACUCCCCCCGUAGCUGGCCAUAAUAACAGGGGGCCGGGGGUUGAAGAGGUCAGGUGCAGAUAUCACUCCCCCUUUUCCUCCCCCAAGCUUAUUGGGGUAACUUGAUUUUUAUUAUUUUAAUCGAUAUUUGGACACUUGAAAAUACAAGGGUUUAUAAUUGCAUUCUAUUUACCCCUAUCUACUAAUGUAAUAGUCUACCUACCUACCUCCCUAAAUAUUUCCAUAUCAUCCACCAUGGCAAUCACGGAGGUGAAUUUGGGCUCGCAAGCGGUGCCAUGUAGAAGCCAAGGCAGACUGGCUUCCAAUAUACCGGUACUUUUCUUCGAUGUGGACGACUGCCUGUAUCCACAAAGUGCUAGGGUUCGAGAAGCUUCCUCAGACUUAAUAAAUCGUUAUUUCGAGAACCAUCUCGGUUUAAGCAAAGAAGAUACCAUCCGGCUUCGAGAAGAAUAUUAUAAGAACUUCGGGUUAAUUGUUGAGGGACUAGUCUACAACCAUAAGAUCGACCCCCUGCAAUAUAACUCCAUGGUAGACGACUCUAUUGCGCUCGAUUCCCUGAUAAAGCCUGAUCCUAAACUCCGCCAAUUGCUACAGGACAUCGACAAGUCUAAGGUCCGGCUCUGGUUAUUCACCAAUGCUUAUGUUACACAUGCUAGAAGGGUCGUGCGGCUGUUAGGCGUAGAUGACUUCUUUGAGGGCGUGACUUACUGCGAUUAUGCCAGAGUGCCACUGGUCUGCAAACCCCAAGCGAAGAUGUUCGAGGAGGCAAUGAGAGCAGCUGGUGUCGAAAGUAACACAGAUUGCUACUUUGUCGAUGACUCAUUUACGAAUUGUCGUGGCGCGCAUGAGUUUGGCUGGACCGCGGUGCACCUAGUUGAGGAAGGACUUCCGACUCCUCCGUCACAAGCAUCGCAGCACCAGAUCCAGAGUCUGGAGGAGUUACGAACCCUGUUUCCUCAUUUCUUUAAGGGCAACAAUGAGUUUCUUAGUACUUCACAUCUCUAAUGGCCUAUUUUAUAUCUUGUUCAUGGUAACCCUGAUUUUGGACGUACUUUGCAGAAUUGGGGUUAGGGUUAGGGUUGUCCUUGAAAAGAUUAGUCAGCGACCCCCCUAUCUUGUGGAAGCUGGGCAAACGUGUUGGAGUGUUGGAAUUAUAUCUAAAAAUGGUAGCAGAUACUAUCAUAAUUGAUUCCCGACCAACAUUGCUGCCGCCUUUCCCCGUUGCCACCCGUUGAGGCUUUUUAAUGUCGUCGUUCACUUAAAAACAUGAUCUUGCCGUCAUUUUUUGGACGCGAAGAAAUAACAAUGAAUGUACUUCGAACUAACACUCUCCAAUUACUUGUUCUCUGUGCGUAAUAUUAAACCAAGAGAUUUCACUUUAUUUCUGGCCGAACUUUGCAAUGGAUGCUGUCAAAAAGCUAUUGGGUUGCACAUGUUCAGUGCUUGUACUUUAU